UCAUGGUCAAGAUGGCAGUAAUGCUGGAGAAUGGAGAAGAUGCAUUUAGAAAAAUAUUCAAGUUUUACAAGAGAAGAAACCCUCCGCCAGAUUUCAGCGAUGUCCUUGAUUUUUCCAGAGGUGUACCGGGUGACAAGAUAGUUCCACAUAUACUGGACCCUGCUGCCGUGAGUGAUGUGGAGGCUGCAAGGGUUGGAUUACAGCCUGUCAGAGACUGGAGAGCUUUCGGCCUUCGGGGCUACCCAGGGUUCAUCUUCAUCUCCAACCCAUUCCUGUUGGGUUCUCAACCAUUCUGGGUCAGACAGUGUCUAAAAUGCUACCCUCAGAAGCCCAACAUCUGCAACUUGGACAUGCACAUGUCUCCCUCUGACACCCAAGACAUCUGGGGCAAGAGUGUUCAUGGCCUCUGUUUUCCUCCCUCUGGAAAGAGAGUACCAAAGACUCUACUAGACAGGCUGCGCUGGGUCACUCUGGGAUAUCAUUACAACUGGGAUACCAAGACUUACUCUGCCAAUCAUUACAGUCCUUUCCCAACUGACCUCCACUUGCUGGCCUUCCAAAUAACAGCUGCCUGUGGUUUUCCAGGGUUCAAUGCACAAGCUGGAAUCCUCAACUACUAUAAAACUGAUUCAUCUCUGGGAAUCCAUGUGGAUGAGUCAGAACUCGAUCACAGCCGUCCGCUGCUUUCAUUCAGUUUUGGGCAGUCAGCCAUCUUCCUCCUGGGAGGCAUCCGCAAACAGGACCCUGUCACAGCUAUGUAUAUGCACAGUGGGGAUGUGAUGGUGAUGUCAGGACAAAGCCGUCUCCUUUACCAUGCUGUCCCAUGCAUCAUCCCAGCACCCAAGGGACCUGCAGCUUUAGAGGUGGAGGGCUGCAGCCUAGCCUCAUCCCUACCAGACAGCACUGUGGUGGAGCCUGUGUCUGUGGAGGACUGGGCAGUGUGCUCCAGGUACAUCCAGAGCUCCAGACUGAAUGUGACUGUCAGACAGGUGCUAGGGCCUGGGCAGACCUUCCCAGAAACACCUUUUUCUCACCAAAGGACUGAUGCUGGCCAGACAGUGGGGUACCAUGACUGACCAAAAGAUGGAGAAAUGAGGAAGAGGAAGAGUAGUAGCGCUGUGAUUUUGUUGAUACUGUAGAGACAUGGCAUAGACCCCAUGCUGGUCAUUUGCUUCUGAUCCCAGAGUCUUUCUUUGCAGUGAUAUUGUGUCACUUUUAACCUGACCAAAAAUCAGAGGCCACAUCAGUUUUGCUCUUAAUGCUUAGUUUGGGUCCAAACAUCAUUUGUCCAUACAAACUGUCUGCUAACUUGGAACAGGAGGGUCCACCCACCAUUUAUGGGACUUUAUACACAACUUUUGACAAUGUUGACUGAGGAGUCAAGUGAUCCAACUGAGUCUGUUUCACUGCUUAAAACCAGACUAAAUGAAAAUGGACCCACAAAAUGCAAGAAAUUAGGUUUGCUGCCUUAUAGUGCUGCCAAAGUAUCACCAGAAAGAUACAAAGCAUUUUGUUUACAAAAAAAUGUGUCACCAAAUGUUAUAUGUAUGUGAAUGUUAUUGGACAUACUGGACUAUAUGUGAAAAUGGGUACAUUUGCACUCAAAUUAAAGCUGACAGUCUAAAUU